CCUCUAACUACCGCAAAAGUGACCGCUACAAAAGUGUUCGAGUUGUGAUUAUUGGCGAGUAGGAAGCAGUAAAGUUCUGGUAUGCUGUGACAGUAGGACACGAGGCCAUGAAACCGAUUGUCCUCAUCACGCUGACGGUGAUAGCCGCAGCUGCUACAGCCGUUCCACGAGCCCAGGAAAAUGUUGGCAAGACCCAUGUGCUGGUAGAUGAGAUAAUAGCGAAACGUGCCGCCAACGCUGGAGCAACUGUUCCGGUGAACAGCCCUGACCCGAACCCACGGCUUGUGAUUGAAAAUUUCUUCACAACCAAAGUGGAUCACUUUAAUCCGCAGAACGCAGAAGAAUGGACUUUGCGAUACUUUUCGAUGCCGGAUUUCUAUCGCCCCGGAGGUCCCAUUCUUAUUUUCUUGGGUGGCUGGACGGCCAUUGUUCCUUGGAUGAUAGACAGCAGCUCGUUGAUCUAUGAAAUAGCCGAAGAGUUGCACGGUGCCGUGUAUGCUUUCGAGUCUCGUUUCUACGGGGAAAGUAAAAUUACUGAAAACAUGAGUACGGACAAUUUGCGUCUGCUGAGCACUGACCAAAUUCUAGCGGAUUUGGCAGAAUUUGUCACCUACCUGAAAAGGACCGUACUGAAGAAUGAGUUUGCACAUGUGCUGGUGGCAGGUGCGGAAUACGGUGGAGGACUGGCAACCUGGUUCCGGGUUCGUUAUCCACAUCUGGCCGACGCUGCGUGGGCCUCCAGUGGCUACCAGAACGCGAUCAUGGACUUCCAGGAGUUCUCGGAGUCCUGGGGCGAUUCGUUGAUCGAGUUCGGCAGUCAGGAGUGUUACAACGAGAUUUUUGUGGCCUUCCAUGUGAUGCAAAAUUUGAUUGAUGUUGGACUGGCCAAUGUUCUGUUCGAAAAAUUCAACAUCUGUACGGAAAUCGUUGUGGACGAUCGCAUCCAAGUGAUGUACUUUUUCUAUAUGUUAAUGACUUCGGUUGAAAUCUAUACUCUGCAGAAUCGAAACAUUUCUGAUUUUGCUGAAGUGUGCGAUGAUCUUACGGCUAAAGAUGCGGAAACUGCCGUGGAUGCAUUCGCCAAAUGGUUUAACACAAAAUUCGUUGCCGAUCUUGGCUGUGUCGUUGUCGACCUGGAUGAGGUUGUGGAGCACUACAGUCAAAUUGAUUGGGAAUCCGACUUCUACCGGGAAGGCGUUCGCCAGCAACUGUACCAGAAGUGUACCGAGUUUGGAUGGUUCAUUACAACGGAUUCGGACUUCCAGCCGUUCGGAAAUCGAGUUAUGAUAGAACUGCACUCGGAAAUAUGCCAGCGAGUGUUCGGUGACUGGCAGAGCUUCGAAACAAUGUAUUACGGCAUAACCCGGGCCAAUAAUCGUUUCGGUGCGGACUCGCCGGCUACAACCCAGAUUCAUCUCACCAACGGUGCUGCCGAUCCGUGGCGCAGGGCUAGUAUUACCCAUGAUCUUAAUCCGUAUGCGCUAGCUGAUGUUAUUCCGAGAGAACUGAGCAGUUCGGAUAUUCGCGCUAUUUCCGACACGGACUCCGAGGAACUGCUGGAGGUGAAACGCAGAAUCAAGUCAUUGGUGGCCUCUUAUCUGUUUCCGGUGAAUCCAAGGACGGUAGAGAAUGUAGAGAACCAGUCAGCAGAAGAGAAAUGAGCUGUUCGCUGCCUGGUGUGGAAAAAAUCGAAGAAAUGUAGUUUUCUAAAUU